AUGAGCUACAGUACGCUGGCGUUGUGCACAUGCGUCCUCUAUGCCCCUCACGCCGUCUUGUGCGGGCUGGGGCUUCUCUGGCAGCCCAUGCUGGUGGUAAUGAGCAUCCUCGCUGCCUUUAUUGCCUUUCUGCCACUUGUGAUGACGGGACUGGUAUUUCAGGCGCUGCGCUGGGCAGGUGUUGCGGACGUCGCCACGGCCGCGUGGGUGGUGGUAAUUCACUUCAUAGGACAGAAUGCCUCGCGAGUUGGAACGCUGCACGUGUGCUUGCGUCUGCAGCGACUAGGGUGGCAACACGGCUGGCUUUUAGUGCGUAGUCGGUUUCCUUUAGUCCCCCUGAGCAUCGCCGUCGGCGCCGGCUUCGCUGCAGCGUCGCUUCUCGUGGGUAGCGGCGCCCUUCUUGCGGAGGCGUUGGAGGUUGGAAGGGCUUUGACUGGCAGUGGGAGAGCCUCAUCCACCUCGACUGUCGCUGCGCAGGGGAUUGACUUUCACGCUUCCAGCGGCAACUGCGCGCGACUUUCUCGGCUUCUGCAGUCGUGCUUUCAGCAGACAUUCUUCAGCUGCGGGCAGGUGGCGUGGACGGUGAUGAUGGGGCAGGCGUACGCUGCCCUGUGGCCUCAGGAUGUGGCGGAGAACUUGCGGAAACACACAGCGCGUGCGAAUGGCGCCGACGAAACCGCGACUCUCGGCGCUGUGACGACAACGUGGGCUGAGGAGGGUGACAGCGCACCUAUGCCGCAUGCGCCGAGGGCAGAGGAGUCCGUACGGGAGGACACCUGUGAGCUCCUGCUGGUGGAUGAGGUAGUUGUGCCGGUUGCUGGAGACGACGAGCCGGAAACUGCGGUCCACAGCGUGAGACGUGAGCACGCAUCGACCGCUGCGCGGCCGAUACCGCGCGAGGAGGCGGAGGCAAGCCAGCGCGUGGCCUACAGUGCUAUUUGCUUUGAAAGGAGCGGUGCGGGUGCGGUGGCUGGCGUGGCCCCGUCAGCGGGGUCAUCCAUAAGUGAAGCGACGCGAUCUUCCACCUCAGCGAAGCGUCAGGACAUGUCAUCGUCGCCAUCGUCGUCCGCCGAGGUGGCUGGGUGGCUUGUAGCCGACUCCGUAUUCGCGCAGCGGCUGCCUGCUGCGGUCCUCACCGGCGUGGCAGCAUUGGUCCUUCAUAUGGUGUUUGCAUUGCUGCCUGUGGCGGCGAUGGCAGCGGACUCCGCGUCUGCGCAGAGCAAGGAAACCUCCUCAUCAGUCAGGCGCUCGGAAGGGUGCCUCGUUAACACAUCUCUGCAGUGCGUCGUGACGAUGGUGUCGGUGUUGUGGGGACUGUGCAUUGUGGAGUUGGAACGCCACCCUUUCACCUACGCGCUUCUCUCAUCAUACCCAGGCUCGUGA